UUAUCAGUAUUACAUUCUUACUUUUAAGUAUUUUCAUUGGUUGGGGAAAAGAGAAGUGGCGGCUGUGAACCCCAGGAAGAACCAGCCAUGAAGAAGUUGAUUAACUUCUUCACUAAGGAAAAACCUUUUGAAGAUCCGAGGGUGUCGGGUCCUGGCCCGCCCAGGUACCACACCUACUACGAGCCUCAGAAUAAGGUCCACGAGGCUGCAGCCUUCGGAUUUACAGGCCUCUUGGAACUUUACCUGAAGCGCAAGGAGUCUUACAGGGGCAAAACAGAUGUGAAGAAGAGGACUCCCCUUCACUAUGCUUGUGUAUAUGGCCAUCUGGACGUUGUGAAGCUCUUGAUUAAGCGGAAAUGCAGUGUUAAUGCAGUGGAUUUGCGCCUUGUCUCACCUCUCAUGAAGGCUGUUCAGUGCCGAAAUGAGGAAUGUGCAAAAUACCUUCUCCGACAUGGUGCUCUGACGAACAUAGCGGACAACACAGGCAGCACGGCUCUGCACUAUGCAGUCUACAAUGGGGACAUAAGCCUUGCUUCAAUGCUGCUGAAACACCGUGCAGAUAUUAACUUGGAGAACGAGAGGCAACUGCCACCACUUUUACUGGCUCUUCAACAAAAACAGGAGGAGAUGGCAAUAUUCUUAAUCAAUAACAAUGCCAACAUAUUCAUAUGUGAUAAGGUGUUAAGGACCAGCCUCAUCUAUGCUGUUAGAUAUGAAUUAGCAAAGGCUGCAGAGGUUUUACUUGAGAGAGGUGUAUCUGUCAAGGCAAGAGAUGGUUAUAAUCUCACGGCCAUUGAAUAUGCAGUUGAAAAUAAAAGUAAGAUUCUUCCAUUGUUGUUGGCUUACGCCAAGAAGAGGAGAACAACUUCAGAUGAUAGCGACACAUCAUCAACAACAGAUAAAGAGGAAAUAGCAGAAGACAAGAAAACCAGUCAUGGUGGCAGCGAAAAUAAUCAGACAUUGAGAAAAUCCACAAAGCAAGAAAUAGAAACCGAAGAAAGUAAGAAGAUCCAAGCUGCAGCAACAGAUGAACGGAAAAAAGCAGAAGACAAGAAAACCAGUCAUGAUGGCAGGGAAAAUAAUCAGAAAUUGCAGAGAAAAUCCACAAAGCAAGAAAUAGAAACCAAAGAAAGUAAGAAGAGCCAAGCUGUACCUGAUAUUAAGCAAAUCUCCAUCAAUAACAAAACUGUACAGGAAAAUGAAAAUUAA